CUCUCUCUCUGUCUCUCUGCCACUCUCUCUUUCUCUCACACACACACACUUGCACCCAUGGGAAGCCACCCCAUCCCUGGGCUCCAGAGAACCACAUCAGCUGGGUACCGAUUGCCCCCCACCAGGCUGCCAGCCUCAGUCUCCCCAGCUGCCCAGGGUGGCCCUAUGGCCGGCAGGGGUCUUGCUGGUGGCUGCCAGGCCCCUCAGGCUCCAAAGGCGCAGCGGGUGGCCCGGGGAGCUGCCUGCGGUGGAGUGCAGCAGGACCAGCUGUGGCGGGAGCUCCUGGAAGCAGAGCGGAGGGGCCAGCAGCGCUGGGUUCAGAACUGGAGUUUCCUGAAAGACUAUGACCCAAUGGGCAAUAAGAAGGAGCCUGAAAAGUUGCCAGACCAUGUGCCUCUCUUUUCGGAUACAGUUCCCAGUUCCACUAACCGGGUUGUGGGCAGCAGGCUGGACACGCCCCUGGGACAGAGCCUCAUCCACAUGGACUUCUUCUUCACAGAAGGGGUCCGGAAGAAGAAGCUGGAGGACGAGAUGCAGCCCAUCUAGGAGCAAGGAGGGCUGGCUGGCCUUCCUCAGGUCUGGGCUUGGCUAGACUUGGCUCCUCACUUCAGGCUAGUGAAGUCUUCUGUGCAUGUCUCUUGUUCUCUUGGACCGAAAGCCUCCUGGGCAUGUUUUUCUCAUGGCACAUCACUAGCGCGCCAGGCUCCAACCGAACCAUGCAAGCACACUGAGGGCUUCCGCAAGCAGAACUGCUUUCUAUACUCUGCAAUGACCUGUCUCAUGCCGAACCCCUCCUCACAACCAGCCCCAACCACCCUCUGCUCCUUGCCACAUCUGCCUUCCUUUCAAGAAGAUGCCUGCUUCUAACCUUCCCUGUCUCACUCACUGGGAGCCCAGGAAACAGGACAGAGAGGCAUCUGCAGUGAAAUCCCAAUGCCAGCCUCUCACCUCAUUGGGCCAUAACACAGGAGGGUAGAUGGGCCAGGAGGUGGUGAAGAAGAGGGCACCAAGUCUGCAGGGUCAGCACCAGCAAAAGGAAAAGGGGGCAUUACCUAUAAAAAGAUGGGUACUUGGAGACCAAGGGCCAGGAGGCAGCAGGGCUUCGUGCAAAGGCUGGAAUCAGGAGCUGAGAGCCAUAGCGAGCCUGGAGGGAUACUUGUUUCACUUUUAAUUGCUGCUCCUCUGAGCACCUCUGCUUCUCUCUCCUGUCUGUAGCAGAACCAGCGUCUCUGCUUCCAGGUGACAAAAAAUGACCUCCAUCCACAGAAGUACAAGAUGCGCCUGGAGCAACUUCCUGUGCCAGAAGCUAAGGAAAAUU